AAACUUGUAUUUAGUUGGCCAAUUCCAUUUGUACAUUUUGCAAAGACUGUACUUUAAAGUAAAAUAUAAUUCAAAGCGAUUUCUGAAUAUAUUUUUUUCGUGAAUAACAUAUUGUACAGUAACUAUGUUUCUGUUAAAGAAAAAAAUGAAGACCAAAGAGAUGAAAAGAGUGAAUCGCAAUGAUAUCCAACUGAAGCAUCCCGGAGUAUUGAUAACGCCGAAUUGGGACUGGACGCGGUAUAUAAACCAGCAGAUCGCACCGUGUCCCGUGGCUCAACCUUUAGUGGAGGUCGCCGAUCCUCAGUGGAGUUCGCCGCUAUCGAACAGCUCCAAGCUCGGUUUUGUGGGUUCUGUAACUGGGGUAAUCUCAUCGUAUCCCCCAACUCUUACAAUGAGUUCGGAUCAAAUUAAUCACGAUUUUGAUGACAUUUUAACCAUUUCGCGGCAACGUCGCCUGCACAAUAUGGGCGAAACCUGGAGCGUUUCUAAGCUGCUGCCCACAAGUGAAGAGACCGAAGAUGAGAAUUCGUCUGAGAUAUCUUCUUUAACAUUGAUCGCGGAUCCAGAAGCCAUAGUCCCCGUUCUGGAUCUCAGCCACACAAUUGGUGCCCGCGAUUUCGAGGUCACGUCGAGGCUGGAAAGCGCCAAUCCGAAUAUUUCCUUUGCCGAGGCACUCCAGGUCAAAACAGGACGCAAAAUGGUUAACUACGAGAUCAUAUGGGAAGCGAUAAAGAAUCGGGUGAACGACGACCUGGAGCUCCAGUUUGAGUCCAUGUUCUGCUGCGUGGACCGCUACUUGUUCACCUACUUUGCCCGUAAUUUGCGCCGCUGUGUGGGACCCUUUGUGCAUAUCCCGGUGCAGAAUAUGCAAAUGGACCUGUUGACCAACAUCUACGAGUGGAUGCUGGCCGACGAGUCAGGCAUUUCCAUCGACCACGACUUGAUAUCCUUCUUCCUGGCGGCCAAAUUCCUGGGCAUCAAGCCGCUGAUGAAUCUGAGCUGGUACUACUUUUCGCCGGACCACGAGCGUGGCUUUUGGGAGGCGAACGCCUUCCACACAUACCUGUUGGCCCGGGAGCAGAAGUGCCCCGAUGUCAUGAUACUGAUGAUGUCGCGGCUGCGGCGGUGUUUCCUGCCGGUGGUGGCCUCCAGCGAGUUCCUCGACUUCGAGGCCACGGAGGUGGCCUGUCUGCUGCGCCAGGACACGCUGGGCGCCAACAGCGAGGACGAGGUCUUCUUCGCCUGCCUCCACUGGCUGGAGUUCGACUGGUCCGAGCGCCAGAAGCACCAGGUCGAUCUGCUGGGCAAUAUUCGCUUCGCCCACCUGUCGCCCGGGCUGCGGCGAUCCCUGGCCAACUAUCCGGAAAACGAACACAUCGGCGCGAUUGGCCAGCUGCCUGAGGUAGUCCGCUGGCUUUGGGAGAGCACCAGGUACUGGCAGGCGAUUGUGGUCAGUGACCAGAAGUUAGCUGAUCUGGGCGGUCACGUCCAGCAAAUUUUGGAUAUGUGCCUGCAGGACAGGGUCCCGGAUCGGUACUGGGUCUAUUGCCCGGACGUUCCACACCACCAUGACACGCGAUGUCCGCGCCAUCGCGAACUCACCUUCGGGACCUUCAAGCGCUUCCUGACCCGCCUCCAGACCCUCAGCCAGGAUUUCAUGGACAGUCUGAAGGUCGUGCCAGACAAGAACUGCCUCAAUUACCGCUGCUGUGACGAUCUCCCGGGCUUCGAGCGGACUUGCCCGAAGCCGCCCAUCUACUUGGAGGAAUUUAUCCCCAACUAAAUUCAUUCAAUUGCAUUUGUGAUUUGAAAUAUUUUAUUUAUCGUAGGGCCUUCGAAGUUCUGAGAAAACUCAGCUCAUUAAAAUGUUUCCCUGUGAUUAGUUAUCAAUUUAAUAUCUUUAAAUCUUAAA